AUGCUUCAGUUCACUAACGUUGAUCAUAAGCCACCACAACUUCCACCUUUUUAUGGAUAUCGCACUCAUCCACUACUUUCACUUCGAGAAGCUCUCAAUCCUAUCGUCUCCCAAAUACACCAAUUAGAAGAAUUUAUUAAAAUUGCACAAACUGAAUGCCAUUUUCCUUCAGAGCAUGAUCUUACUCGCGAAGAAUCAACAUCAAUCUACCUAUAUAUUAUGGAUUGA